AUGGAGAGCUCACUUAGGUAUGGCGGAGACUACAAAUCCCUGAGAAUCCAUGCCAAGGAAAAGUACCCCAUCGUCACCGACUCCAAUAUUCUAUUGCAGCUUCAUGGAGAGCUAGACACAAGGCUUGGAGCUCCAACUUAUCUUAGUGCAAUGAUAAGGCAUUUUUAUCCUGAUAUAUCAACCAGCAUUGGCACCGGUGUUCAAUACACUAGGCAAGACAAGUUAAGGUACAGUGUUCGUGGAAAGAAGACAUUUCCAGUGACUGACAAUGGGUUGAUAAACUUUAACAUCAAAGGUCGAUUUAUUAUUGACAAGGAAUUUAAAAAGAGGGAGUCCCAAGGAGCAGCUGAACUUACUUGGUACAUCUUCAAUUUUAAAAAAGACCAAGAUUUGAGGUUCAAGGUUGGCUAUGAAGUCAUUGAUAAGAUUCCGUACUUCCAGAUUAAGGAAAAUAAUUGGACGUUCAAUGCUGACAGUAAAGGCAAAUGGAAUCUGAGAUAUGACUUGUGA